UUCGGCUGGACGUGCGUGAGCAGUGCGUUCGCAGUGAAGGUCGUACUAGCGGCCUAUAAUAACAUCAUCCCCAGGUGGGGACCCCCAUCCAGUGUGAGCCUGUGUUAUCCAGCUGGGCUCGAUACCAACAUACAGGUACGGUUAGCAGUGGCAAAAAGUGUCCUUUCGUUCUGUCCAUUUCGAUUGUGCAGGUGUUUAGCUCGUGGUGCCAUUCGAGAGUGCUACCGUGGGGCUGAGAUUUACGCCUAGAUUACGCCACUCUACGAAUCAUCCCGAUUACACUCGGCUGUACCGAGCGGGUAUGCGUAAAUGUGUGGUGGAAUGUUUAUUUGCCAAGUGUGUUAGCAUUGCGUAGCGUGGUGAAGCCGAGUUUCUACGUGAGAAUAUUGUUCACCGGAUCACGCUCGAAUCAAGAUGCAACGGCUUCCGGUGGCGUAGCAAAAGUGAAGAGGUCACAGUGCAAAAGUAUGUCGCCCAGAGUGUGAAGUUAGGCCACUGGGCUAAAGCGUGAGAGUGUGAAGCGUGCCUUGGUCGGUUUGACAAGUUGCAACCCGGAACAGAUUCCCUGGGAACGCACACCAGCACGUGUGAUCCAUCAGAAGUGCGACAGGAAAAAGCUACCACAAACGAAGCCUUUGCUAGCGAGUGACUCAUCACUCGCCGACCAACAUCAAUCACCGGAUCCACCUUCCAGCAGUGAGGUUGACAGCCUGCUACAGCAAUCGGACGAAACCGAGACCACCAUGACCGGCGCUAGCAAGGAAUUAAGCCCGGAAAAGCAAUCCGCCGCACCGCCGGAUGCGUCCGAGGUGGCAAAAACCAAGGACGAUAGCAUCAUGUCGCUGCUGUACUCGUUCGCGAAGAAGGUGGUUACGGUCGGUAUCAUCUACUUCGUCGGCUACAUGGGAUGGUCGGUGGCGUGGCUCAUCACACCCGUCAUCCUCUCGGUGGCGCGCGAAUCCUGGCGCAAAACGAACGACACACGGCGCAGCGUGGCGAAGGCAUCGGCACUCGCGAACGAUAAGGACGUCAUCCUGGCCCGUCUGCAUGAUCUGCCGGCAUGGGUCUUCUUUCCGGACGUGGAGCGUUGCGAGUGGCUCAACAGGAUCCUGAAGCAAGUGUGGCCAAAUGCAAACUAUUAUGCGAAAAAUCUCAUCAAGGAAUCGAUUGAACCGAACAUCCAACAAGCCAUGGCAGCUUACAAGCUGAACGGAUUCAAAUUCGACCGAAUGAUCCUGGGAACGAUUCCUCCUCGGAUCGGAGGCGUUAAGGUGUACGAUAAGAAUGUGUCGCGCAACGAAAUCAUCAUGGAUCUGGAUCUGUUCUAUGCCGGCGAUUGCGACAUCAGCUUCGCACUCAGCGGGCUACGGGGUGGCAUCAAGGACUUCCAGAUACACGGCACGGUGCGCGUAAUUAUGAAGCCACUAAUUUCCCAGAUGCCGCUCAUCGGCGGGCUGCAGAUAUUCUUCCUCAACAACCCGAACAUCGACUUCAACCUGGUCGGGGUGGUCGAUCUGCUCGAUAUGCCGGGGUUGAGUGACAUUUUGCGUAAGAUUAUCGUCGAGCAGGUGGCCGCCAUCAUGGUGCUACCGAACAAGCUGCCCAUCGUGCUGAGCGACGGUGUGCCGGCCCUGUCGCUGAAGAUGCCGGAACCGGAGGGCGUACUUAGAAUUCACGUCGUUGAGGCUAAAGACCUGAUGAAAAAGGACAUCAGCGUGCUGGGCAAGGGGAAAUCGGACCCGUACGCCAUCAUUUCCGUCGGCGCACAGCAAUUCCGCACGCAAACCAUCGACAACACGGUCAACCCGAAGUGGGACUACUGGUGUGAGGCUGAAGUCAAUGCCAUACUCAGGCAAGAGAUUGAACUCAACCUGUGGGAUUGGGAUCCGGGUUUCCCCGGGGUACAGAACGACGAUUUCCUUGGCAGAGCGACUGUGGAAAUCAGCAGCGUUACCAAGAACGGUGAAAUCGAUACGUGGUUGACAUUGGAACAGGCCAAGCAUGGACUUGUGCAUCUUCGCAUGACUUGGUUCAAAUUGAGCUCCGACAAGGCUGAUCUGAAGCAAGCUCUGGGAGAAACGCAACACCUGCGAGUAACAUCGAUGAGCACCGCUCUACUUACUGUGUUCAUAGAUUCGGCUAAGAACUUACCGCAAGCGCGCCAACAAUCACAGCCGGACCCGUACUUGGUCCUGUCGGUCGGCAAAAAGAACGAACAGACCUCGGUACAGAUGCGCACGGAUGCACCUGUUUGGGAGCAGGGCUUUACCUUCCUGGUGGGCAAUCCCGACAACGAUACGCUCCAGCUAAAGGUGAUCGACCAGAAGACGGGCAACACGAUCGGCAUGCUCACGUACAUCCUGAGCGCACUGAUGGAGAAGAAAAAUCUCGAGAUCAUGUCGCAACCGUUCCAGCUGCAAAAGUCGGGCCCCGAAUCGAAGAUUGUUAUGUCGCUGUCACUGCGCAUAUUGAAGCGUUACCGGGAGCAGGACGCGGUGGCCACCACUCCGGACAAGGCGCCCUCAUCCGAGGCAGACAGUGUCUUAUCACGCACGAGCUCCAUCCGUACGGCAACGUCGCACGGUUCGCAAUCGGCCGGUGGUCUGCAACAGCAACAAUCGACGACCGAUUCAAAUGCAGCGGAAGCGGCAGCCUUAUCCCACCAGGGAAGCAUCCGGAAGCAGGACUCGCGCAAGUCCACCACCUCGGCGAUAAUGGAACAGAUGUCGAUCCAGGAGGAACCGUUCGUGGUGUCGACUCUGAACACGGUCAUGAUGGCUACGCCACCCCGUAGUCCGAAUCUCAGCGACGGUGGUACGGAGCUGCUGCGUCGCAGUCCGAGCACCACGUCCUCUGCCGGUUCGGCUGGACUGGGGCGGAUUCAGCUGACGGUGGCGUUCAGUGUGCAGCGCCAGCGGUUGCUGGUGAUCGUGCACAAGAUUAACAAUAUUCCGCUCAAGGAUCCCAGCAACAUCCCGGAUCCGUACGUGAAGCUGUAUCUGCUGCCGGGCCGCUCGAAGGAAUCGAAGCGCAAGACCAACGUGGUGAAGGAUAACUGCGAUCCCGUGUUUGACACCACGUUCGAGUACAUCAUCUCCAAUGCGGAGCUGGUGAACUCGGAGCUGGAGGUGACCGUGUGCACACAGAAGGGAUUCUUCGGCAGCCCAGUGAUUGGCAUGCAAAAACUCUCUCUCAGCGAUCCGGACAUUUCGAGUGGACAAGGCAUCAAAGCUUGGUACGAUCUGCUGCCGGAGUCGAAAUUCGAGUAAAUCCCGCCAAUCUUUCGAGCACACGGACACCACUACUUUCGAUGAGCAUUUUAUUGUGAUGCUGCUUAGCGGAACUAUUGAUAGGGAUUAGGCGUGUUGUUGCACAUUGGAUCAUUUUAAUCGAGCACAUGAAACAAAACAAAAAGUCAAGUUCAUGAACAAGCGGAUGGAAAGAUAUUUUGUAGCAAAACAACGAUCAAAGUGAUGGCAGCUGAAGUUGGAAGAUGAAGCGCGGCAGUUGUGUUGAUUGUGUUUUGUGUUUGUUAAAUGUUUUAUAUAUAUACACCAUACUUUUACGGAACAUUUUUUGCGCACAGAUUUUUAUUGGAGCACAGAAUUGUAAAAUGAGGUAGCAGAAUGCCGAAAGCACCGCAUAAAACCGUUUGAUACAAUAUAAUUCGCUCGUAGUUUACGAAUGUCUCCUGCUAGUUUAGCGUAUUGAGGUGAAAACAAAUACAGCAGAUCUUUUAACUGGUUAUACCUGAACGAUCGUAACGAUAGCAAAGCGUAAGCUAGAAGUCGUAGGUAUGAGAAACAUAAUCGGAUGCGUUUAUGGUUUGAAAUUCUUGGUAGAGCGUAACUGAUAAGGUCGCUAGAUGAUGAUGAAACAUAGUGUAUCCUUUUCAUGCAUUUAUUCAACCACGAUCAGGUUCGCAUGAUGUUCGCUAAAACUUCAAUUUCUUCUUUUCCCACCCUCAUGUAAACAAACCACAUCACAAUCUUUUUCAGUCCCAUACCGGCUAGAAGUAGACGUGCAUAGUUGAAGUUAAAGCAUACCUCCUUCACAACGGGAUUCCGUCUGCCAUUUACCCACGGGGUGGCAGAAUUUGCCGGGAAAACCGAACGAAAGUUGUCUCCAAAAUGUGUCAAUUAUCAGCACUUCACUGCUUCUGCCAGAGGUGGUGGGUAUCGUAGAGGAAUGGUAGAUACUGUUUGUCCAAGAGCGCUGGCACCAGCCGGCGACUUGUUGCUAACUGUGAGAUUUCCGGAAGGUGUUAGAUCAUCUGGAACUGGAAGCGGGCCGGACCGAGUGCGAUGGAUUGUUUGUGCUUCAUCGUCAGACCGCAGCAUGGUGAGCGUGUCCGGUGUGUAAAUAUUACUUUGUCACGAUACACAGCACACCUUAGUACUGCACAUGCACAUUAGCAGCAGAAUAAAUACGCAUCAAGCCGUACUUGAUCCGAACACCG